AUGGCUCCGGGUCAAGCAUUUACCCCCGGCCCCGUCGGGAAAACCCUGUUCAUCGGAUCCUCGAACGACGAGCUACUACCACAUUCCUUACCGGAUAACUUACAACGGGAACUGGAACAGCUGCUGAAAGACAAUCGCCCAAUAUUCCAGCCCCUAGAAGAGUGUCAUGAAGUUGUGGAAGAAGUUUGGCGUGAAAAGGCUCCAAAACAACUAUACGGGUACUUGUUUGGUGCUGUGAUAGGCGAGGGCAGUUAUGCCAAAGUUAAGGAAGUUGUUCAUGAAAAAACGUUACAACGCGCUGCCAUAAAAAUAUUUAAAGAACGGAAACUGCGAAAAAUCCCAAACGGUUACGAAAAUGUGCUUAGUGAGAAGCAAAUUCUUUCAAGGCUGGAUCAUCCGAAUUGUAUUAGGAUGUUUCAGUUUUUUCGGAUAGAAGAGAAGGAAAAACUUUAUAUGGUGCUCGAAUACUGCGUUGCUUCAUUACAUGAGAAGGAUGAUAUCUGUUGUAUUGCUCAGGGUACUCCGAAAUUCCAGCCGCCGGAAGUGAUCUCGGGGCAGAACGACUUUUUCCACGGAUUUGGAGUCGAUGUUUGGUCGGCCGGUGUAACGUUAUAUAACCUUGUUACCGGGAUAUAUCCCUUUGAAGGAGAAGUAAUAAUGAGAUUAUUUGAAAACAUCAUUGAGCAACCACUGACGAUACCGGAUAUUAAAUUGAGCAGUGAAGUCGCAACGUUACUAGAGGGACUCCUAGCCAAGGACCCGCUUUCACGACUUACAAUCGCAAAUAUAUACAAGCAAGAUUGGAUGCUACUUGAUUUUCGGCUGCCAAAAUUUGCAUGGAAAAAUCUGACCACCGCCCCGUUCCUGACUGCGCGGAAGUCGAUGUCGGUGUACCCAGCUAUUCGCAAGUUGUGUAAUCGAUCGGAACCGGGGCAUGCAACAUCAUCUGAGAUGGCUCAUCCAGCCUAUAACGUGGUUAAUGUUUACGCCACCUCUAGCACUACGGAUAACCUUUCACGCCAUGAGAUGUUGAUGUGGGUCAACGAAUGCCUACAAGCUCAAUUCACCAAACUCGAACAAAUGCACACCGGCGCCGGGUAUUGUCAGUUCACCGAUUUCCUGUUCCCACAAACGAUUCCACUGAAGAAGGUGAAAUGGAACAGUCACCUGGAAUUGGAUUGGUUGGCCAACUGGAAAAUUGUUCAAAACGCAUGGAAGUCGCUGGGAAUCGACAAGAUAGUUCCAGUCGAAAAGCUAAUUAAGGGAAAAUUCCAGGACAAUUUCGAAUUCCUCCAAUGGUUCAAGAAAUUCUUUGAUGCCAACUACGAUGGGCACAGCUACAGUCCCCUUGAAGCUCGCAGCGGAGAGCCUCUGCCCGUCGAUGGAAAGCCCGGUGCUGCAUCGAAAAUGCCGACAAGGACUAUCGGCAAUGUUAGUGCUCCACGCCCGCAACCUCCCAAAAGUGGAUCAAACACCCAACUUGCAGCGGCCGGUGUAAAGAAAACCGCCCCUGCCGUGACUCAACCUCGCCCAGCGAUGGCAGCCCCUGCUCCGGCAAGACCGUUGGCUCAGAAAUCUAACAUGUCUAACCAGAAUAAUAAUGGGGCUUCUGGCAAGGACAUCGCCAAACUGGAGGCGGAUAUGAAAAACAUAAAAAUUGCGCUGGAUGAUAGCCAACGACAACUGACGGAAAGCGAUGCAGUUGUGGCCAGUCUAGAGAAGGAACGUGAUUUCUACUUUUCGAAAUUGCGGCAAAUCGAGAUUCUUUGCCAAGACAAUGAAGCGAUUGGAAACGUUGAAGUGGCUCGUGUUCUCGACAUUUUGUAUGAAACAGAAGACGGCUUCUCGGCUCCGGAAGAUGCUGAAGAU